GGCUUCUCCGGCGCUGUCGUUUUGGCGACGCACCGACAGAGCGGACAGCAGGCUGCAGUAAAAGGGUUUGCUAAGGAUAAGUUGACCCAAGAUGAGCGGCGCAUGGAAAUGCUGCGUGAUGAGAUCAACGUUUACCUCAGUCUUGACCAUCCGAAUGUGUGUCGACUGCUCCAAGCAUACGUUAAGGCUAUUUGA